CUCCUCAAUUCUAACACCAACCCAUCCUAUCCUUAUUCUCUCUUCAUCUUAAAAAUCACUUUCCAGUUUCCACAACACCACCGCCACUUGGCAAGAUGAUGUAUAAUAUAUAGUCCUAGCAAGCACCGAAUUAAACAUUCCCCUUCAAGCAUAUAUCUUGUGUUGUCUUAGCCUAAGACACAUGGGUAACGCGGACUGUGCUUCAACCAUGAACGUUGAGGGCGUGGCGCACCGGGUGGCGGUGCCUCCGCCUGUACCGUUCUUCAAGUCUCUGAAGAACUCUAUGAAGGAAACCUUCUUCCCAGAUGACCCCUUGAAGAAGUUCAAGAACCAACCAGCUUCUAAGAGGGUGGUGCUUGGUCUUCAGCACUUCUUUCCCAUCUUGGAGUGGGCACCGAGAUACAACGUCCAGUUCUUGAAAUCAGACCUCAUAGCUGGGAUCACCAUUGCUAGUUUGGCUAUACCUCAGGGAAUCAGCUAUGCCAAACUUGCCAACCUCCCUCCGAUUCUCGGCCUCUAUUCAAGCUUUAUACCGCCAUUGGUUUACGCCAUGAUGGGUAGCUCGAGGGAUUUGGCGGUGGGAACAGUGGCGGUUGGAUCACUUCUGAUGGCUUCUAUGCUGGGUCGUGAGGUUAAUCCUAAUGACAACCCAAAGCUUUUUCUGCACCUUGCUUUUACAGCUACAUUCUUUGCUGGAGUUUUGCAAGCAUCAUUGGGUCUCUUCAGGUUAGGGUUCAUUGUGGAUUUUCUGUCACAUGCGGCCAUUGUAGGGUUCAUGGGAGGUGCAGCCACCGUGGUUUGCUUGCAGCAGCUGAAAUCAAUUCUAGGCCUUGAACAUUUCACCCAUGAGGCCGAUCUUGUGUCAGUGAUGCGCUCUGUUUUUAGCCAAACACAUCAGUGGAGGUGGGAAAGCGCUGUGUUGGGUUGUUGCUUUAUUUUCUUCCUCCUCGUCACAAGAUACUUUAGCAAACAACGACCCAAGUUCUUUUGGGUGUCAGCAAUGGCCCCGUUAACGUCAGUUGUAUUGGGAAGUGUCCUUGUUUAUGUCACUCAUGCCGAGAAGCACGGCGUACAAGUGAUAGGAGAUUUGAAGAAAGGGCUCAAUCCACCUUCAGCCACGGAUUUGGUGUUUGUGUCGCCUUACAUGGGCACGGCAAUCAAAACUGGAUUUGUCACCGGCAUUAUAGCGCUGGCGGAAGGAAUAGCAGUUGGAAGAAGCUUUGCAAUGUUCAAGCAUUACCAUAUAGAUGGCAAUAAAGAGAUGAUAGCCUUUGGGACCAUGAACAUUUUUGGUUCCUUCACCUCUUGCUACCUCACAACAGGACCAUUUUCUCGUUCUGCUGUGAACUACAAUGCUGGGUGCAAAAGUGCAGCAUCAAACAUCAUAAUGUCAAUUGCAGUGAUGUUGACAUUGUUAUUCCUCACACCCUUGUUCCAUUAUACCCCUUUGGUGGUGCUAUCAGCCAUUAUUGUAUCUGCAAUGCUUGGACUCAUAGAUUAUCAAGCAGCCAUUCAUUUGUGGAAAAUUGACAAAUUUGAUUUCUUGGUGUGCAUCAGUGCAUAUAUUGGAGUAGUCUUUGGCAGUGUUGAAAUGGGUUUAGUAAUAGCAGUAGCAAUAUCUCUGCUUCGAGUACUCUUAUUUGUUGCAAGGCCAAGGACAUUUGUUCAAGGAAACAUUCCAAAUUCUGCAGUAUAUAGAAAUGUGGAACAAUAUCCAAAUGCACACCAUGUUCCUGGAAUCCUAAUUCUUGAAAUUGAUGCACCAAUUUACUUUGCCAAUGCAAGCUACCUAAGAGAGAGGAUCACAAGGUGGAUUGAUGAAGAAGAAGAAAGAAUUAAAGCUACAGGGAAGACCAAUUUGCAGUAUGUUAUAAUGGACAUGACUGCUGUUGGUAACAUUGAUACAAGUGGAAUAAGCAUGCUUGAUGAGUUCAAGAAAAGUGUUGACAGAAGAGGGCUACAACUUGUUCUGGUCAACCCUGGGGGUGAGGUGAUGAAGAAGCUAAACAAAUCAAAGUUCCUUGAUGAAAUAGGCCAUACAUGGAUAUACCUGACAGUUGAAGAAGCUGUUGAAGCAUGCAAUUUGAUGCUUGAUGCUCACAAAUCAAAACCCAUGAAAGAUGAAAAAUCUGAAGGUUGGAACAGUGUGUGAGCUAUACAAUGAAGCAUAUUGUUGAUUAUUGAAGUUUCAUCCAAGCUAAGCAACCAUUAAAGCAUGUAGCGGGGGAAUUUGUGAAUCAUGCUACAGAAGAUUUAGAGGGAUAGGAAAGUGAAUGGUGCGAGGCGGCUAUUUUAAUUUCUCAAAGCUUGUAUCUUGAGUUGGAAGAAAGCUUCCAACAUAGGCUGUUGAAUCUUCUAUGUAUCUUGCUUGAUGAUCUAUAUAUUCAAAUGGAAAAUUAGCUUCAAUAGAA